AUGAAUUUGACAUUGAAUCGAAAGGUGCGUGAUGUAAGGCAGUGUCUGCAGGGGACAUGGAGCGCUUCCUGUUUCUUCUUCUUCUUCUCCUCUCUUUCACGAUCAGAGCAUGCACAUGAACGUGCAGAGCAACUGCUUGCUCAUUGCUCCAAUCAGAGUCAUCUUCAUCAGACACAAGGCUUCAUGCUUACUAGAGCUCUCGACAAAGAUGACAUUCUACUCGCCCGAUUUAUUUACUCCUCGGCUUCUCUCGGCUUUCCCUCCUACGCCUAUUCUAUUUUCAUCUACAACCACCGACCCAGCAUCUAUCUCUACAACAACCUCAUUUGGGCUCUAUCUUCAUACAAUCCCACUCGUGCCAUUUCUCUCUUCAACGCCAUUCGCCUCCUUGGCAUGCGACCCGAUUCUUACUCUUUCCCUUAUGUUCUCAAGGCCGUUGUUUCUUCAUCUGCUCUCCAUCUCGGCCAGCAGAUUCAUUGCCAAGCUAUUCUCUCUGGUUUCAGCACCCAUCCCAGUGUUCUCACCUCCCUCAUUCACAUGUAUUCUUCAUGCGUUCACGUUUCCUCUGCUCGCAAGCUAUUUGAUGCAGCCACUACCAAACAGGUUUCCCUCUGGAACGCUAUGCUCGCAGGUUAUGCGAAGGUGGGUGAUAUGUCCAAUGCGCGCAACUUGUUUGAAUGUAUGCCUGCAAAGGAUAGGGACGUUGUUUCAUGGACUGCUCUUAUUUCGGGAUACACGCACACUCAUAAUCCCCAUGAGGCUAUCACGCUAUUCCGCACUAUGCUGCUCCACAAUGUGCAACCGGAUACAAUUGCGAUUUUAGCUGUCCUCUCUGCUUGUGCAGACUUGGGUGCUCUUCAGUUGGGGGACUGGAUUCACAGCUACAUUGAAAAGCAUAAACUGCGUAAGAUUGUCUCUCUUUGUAACUCUCUCAUAGACAUGUAUGCCAAAUCAGGUGACAUAUGUAAAGCACGCCAACUGUUUGAUAAUAUGGCGCGUAAAUCGGUUAUAACCUGGACAACUAUGAUUGCUGGACUUGCUUUACAUGGUCUUGGAAAGGAGGCCCUUGAGGUAUUUUCAUGCAUGGAGAAGGCUGGAGUCAAGCCAAAUGAAGUGACAUUUAUCGCCAUCCUUUCUGCUUGUAGUCAUGUUGGAAUGGUUGAACUGAGCCGCCAUUAUUUUACGUGUAUGAGAUCUAAGUAUGGCAUUGAACCCAAGAUAGAGCACUACGGGUGCAUGGUUGAUUUGCUUGGACGUGGUGGCUAUCUUGAAGAAGCAAAGGAGCUAGUUAGAGUGAUGCCGUCUGAAGCCAAUGCAGCAGUAUGGGGAUCCCUUCUUGCUGCUUCAAGUAGAUAUGGUGAUGCUGUGCUGGCAGCGGAAGCUCUGUACCAUCUGAGUGUGUUGGAGCCCCAAAAUUGUGGGAAUUAUUCGCUCCUAUCCAAUACUUAUGCUGCGCUUGGUAGGUGGAAGGAAGCUGGUAUGGUGAGGAAGGUUAUGCGGGAUAUGCAUGUGGAAAAGCUGGCUGGUGUCAGUUUUAUAGAGGUGAAUAAUACAGUAUAUGAAUUCAUUGCCGGAGACAAAUUAAACAUAAAAUUCGUUGACAUUUGUCAUGUCCUACAAAGCAUAAAUGGGCAACUCAAGAUGAUUGAUCAGAACACGUGA